AUGUCCAUCAUGGUCAAAGUAGUUGUUGCGAUCGCCUUUAUGGCUUUCGCAACCGCAGCUGCUUCUGAUCAGGAUGGCUCGGCGGACGUAGAUUGGAAACAUACGCCUAACAUUGGUAUCCAGAUUAACCUUGUGCUCCGCGUGGUAUUCGCCAUUAUCGGCACCGGGCUAUGUUGGCCGCCGCUUCGGACUUUAUGGCGCUACAAUGACCUCCCCGGAGUAUCGCUUAUUAUAGUCGUGGCGAUAAUGAACUUUUUCGCCGUCCUGAAUGCAAUGAUUUGGAGCCAGGAUAACUGGGACGACUGGUAUGAUGGACAGGGAUUGUGUGAUGUUCAAGCAUAUUUGUCGACGCCGAUGAAGACCAUCUACGCAGCCACUAUCUUCGUCACCGUCUACGAGCUGGCGCAGAAAUUUGACGUCAGGAGAGCGAUACUACUAAACUCCCGAGAAGACAAAUUCCGAGAAUUGAAACAAGCUCUUAUCAUCUUCCUGGUUCCCUUCAUCCAGUUGGUCAUGACGUACUUCACCAUUUCACAGCGGUACAAGAUCGGCACACUGAUCGGGUGUAUCGCUGAGUACGACAACAACUGGCUAAAGAUUAUAGUUUUCGAUGUGCCGAUCCCUAUCUUCGUGGUCUUGUCUGUACCCUUCACUUUUUGUGCAUAUCUACGCUAUAGAAGAUACUCAAGAGAAAGCCAACUAGCAAUCGAGUCUAGCAACCAGGGGGUAGCCCGGCAUAUCCGGCUACGCAUUCGCCUAUACCAUGUUACAGCGUCAAUCAUGCUUGUCUAUGCCCCGGUAUCAUUCAUCUUACUAUCCAAGAACAUCCAAAUGGCUGUUCAAGAACCACCCUCGGCGUAUGACUUCCAUCGUAUACACGACGACGCAGACCCGUACCCAUGGGACUCUGUUACAUUUGUGCCAUCGUGGAACAUGGAGUGGCUCGAAAUGAACCAACCGUGGUUCGCAAUCAUGACGACGGUGACCAUCAUCGGUUUCUUCGGCACAAGCGAGGAUUGCUCCCCCGUAUACCGUGGGUAUAUGGAAUGGCUGGGUUUAGGACGGUGCCUCCCGCGUCCCAAACCGCAGGAGGCUCCUCCUAGUCAACCUCACUUUCUUGAUGACCCUGACGAGUUGCUUCGUAACGGGAUCGAGCUUGUGGAAAUGGGCGGCGGAAAUAGGGAGGUGGCAGAACGCAGAAUGCCUACCGAUCCCCCUCAAGUCUCGAGCUCAAGUUCCGAUAUCAACGAAAUUCUGUCUCCACGCCGGCCAGUAACACCGCAGCAGCCGCUCCCGCCGCCCUCGGUGGCUGCUUCAUCACCACCGCCGUCCCCGUCACAGUUUCCUAUGCCCCCCUUGCAACGACGACUGCCAAUGCCUAUGGACCGAUUGGAUAGCAUAAGAAGACACAUAAAUAUGCCAGGAAGUCCCCUCGAACGUGUUAUCAUCCAGUCCUUCAUCCCGGAACGACGCUCAUCACUACAGGGACAGCAAUUACCCUCGCUUUUCCGUGCGCCAGUAAGCAGACACCCGCGCGUACCUCAUAGCUAUCUCACGAGUUUCCAUCGAGACGACUCCUCCGUCGCCGGCCCGUCUCGCUCCCACGCUCGCACGCACUCCGAGCGUUCCGACUCGCAGCCAAUCUUGGCGGCAACCGCCGAGCACGUCACGGAGUCUCCACGUACAGCAACACCGGCGCGCCGCCAAGUACCGCAGGAGGCCGUGCAGCCACGGGAGCUCCUCGACGACCAGUCAAGCUGGAGCGGAACCCGACGUCUCACAGCCGACAACGUAGUCUGGCCCCUGUUCUCGCGCACCGCGUCGACCUCCUCGCUAGCCCGACCCCGAGAAACCGCCAACGCCAUCGCGGCGGCCAACGAGAGCCCAGUCCGUUCGACCGAUAGCGACUUCGUGCGAGUGCGGAUCACCGGAACUUUCUCGCCCUCGUUGCCCUCGCCUCCUCCCCCGGCAGAGCAGCGAGGAAGAGGCCGGAGAAUCCCGCGAGAGCUGUUGAACCGGGUUGGCCGAAAUAUCCCCAGAAACGGAAACGGUAACUAA